UUUAGAUUAGGAGUACCAGACACCAGACGUCACAUGAUAGGCACGGGUGUGAGUCCGUUAUCCUUUCGAUUUCGACGUGACAUGUUCUUAAUUUAAGAGACUCGGAAAACAUUCGGUUGAUUUACUCUGUGAACUUGUUGUUCCGUAUUCGUUCACUCUUCCACGUGUGUUCUAAGUUCUCCGCGUAACGAAAACAUCAAAAAUAACACGAUGAGAUUCAUUUUGGGUACCACUUUCGUGACCACUGCCACUGCCACUAUUUCAGUCUUAGUAUUGUAUCAUGUAUUUACUGGGAAAGGAGAACGCGUUAGCAUCGCAUGGUUUUUGGAAAAUACCUCGCCAUAUAUGUGGGCGACUCUUGGCAUUGGACUCUCGGUUGCUCUAUCUGUGGUAGGCGCUGCUUUAGGUAUUCAUACAACUGGUGUGUCGAUCGUUGGCGGCGGUGUCAAAGCACCAAGGAUUAAAACAAAGAAUUUGAUUUCUGUCAUAUUUUGCGAAGCUGUGGCUAUUUAUGGAUUGAUCACGGCUAUCGUUUUAUCUGGAAUGUUAGAGAGAUUCGAUGUUGACAUGCCAAUUUUGAAGGAUGAAAUUCGCAAUCAAAAUUGGCUAGCUGGUUACUUAAUGUUUGGAGCAGGUUUAGCUGUUGGUCUUGUUAAUUUGUUCUGCGGCAUAGCCGUUGGUAUUGUAGGGUCUGGAGCGGCUCUCGCGGACGCAGCCAAUUCUGCUCUGUUUGUCAAAAUUCUUAUCGUCGAGAUCUUUGGUUCGGCCAUUGGUCUUUUUGGAUUAAUUGUGGGCAUUUAUAUGACGUCUAAGGUAAAAAUGGGAAGCAAAUUGUAAAUUUAAUGUAAAAAGAAGUGCUACAACCAUAAAGUAUUCUUUGAAAUCACAAGGAUCCAUUCCAUGAUUAGUAACAAUUGUAAAAGAAGUACAGAGAGAACAAAAACUGCAAGAUCACUUUCUGUUUAAAUCAUAUAAAGUCAGUGUAAAGAAAACAUUUUUCUGCGUAUGAUGGGUACAUUGUACUUGGUCUGUAUAAGCAGAGUUUUGAUUUGAAUAGCUGUCGGAACUUCGUAGCCUCGGGUAUCGUGAUCUCUGUGUAUUAACCGUGCGCGUAAAUAUCUGGUUCUAGUAGUAUCAAAUCUGCUGUUGCACUACCGUUUACUUAUGUAUGGUGUUUCGAGUGCGUUAUAGCGCUCUCUUACACAAUAUACAUUUCAUGUAUAUAUUUUUUUCAACAGAAUUGUUGUAUCGAAUAAGCGUAACAUUAUAUCAUACUUGUACGUGUCGCACCUAGGUAUAUGUAAAUGUAAUUAUAUCUAUCAUUUGAAUCCAUUCUACAACCACAACGUAAUACAAGAAAAGAUAUAGGCUUUUAUUGUUUAGGUAACAGUAAAAAAGGUUCUUCAAACCGAUAUAUAAAAAUAUAUGAGCAUGUAUAUAAUUAUCAACGAUACACAUUCGUAUGAGUAUCGAUUUUCGAUGUAAUAAUCGAUACUGAUCGCGAAUAUGCAACAAUGCCAUUAUCAUCUAUGUCAAUAUUUGAUGAAUAUUUUUAAACGCCUGUUCUAAACAAUUGACAUACUCGUUGGAAUCACAGUAUUUGUUAUAACUUGUUACGAUAGCUCCCAGUCUUCGAUCUUGAAUCAUGUAUCUAAAUGAUAGGUAAAAAUGUUACAAAUAAAAUUUCGUAAACUUGAUUUAUAUAUAUACAUAUAUAAUAGUGGAACAGAGAUUAAAUGUUUACGGAAACAAU